AUGAACCUCCGUCAACUUGUCAGUGAGCCGACUCAUUACACUUCGUAUACUGAGACUCUGAUAGAUCUUGUAUGUACUAACGCACCAGUUCGCGAUGUCACUGUUAAUAAUAUAAUUGGUUCCAAUGGACACGCAAUGGUUAAUGUUACUCUGUCAUUAAAAAAGGUUAUAAUCCCAACUAGAACUUUUAGUUUCAGGCCCAUUAAUAAAAUAAAUUUAAAUGCAUUUAAUAAUGAUUUAUAUGCAAUCAAUUGGGACGAUGUAACUGAGUUACCUUCAGUAGAUAUGAUGGUGGAAAAGUUUAAUUCAAUGAUUCUCUCUCUCUUUGAUAAACAUGCAGCAGUGAAAACAGUAACUCUAAAAAACAAUUAUUCACUGCCGUGGGUAACCGAUGUCUGCAAAAUGAUGAUCGAUGAGCGUAAUAUGGCUCACGAUGUCUAUCGAAAAUCCGGAUCAGACGAACAUAAAAAAUAUUACAAGGAGCUUAAAAGUCUAGUUUUAAAAAGUAUUUCACAAGAAAAACGGGCCUACUUCAAUAGCUUAGUUAAUUCUCAAGCUAAAAAUAGCAAAACGUUUUGGAAAAAUUUGAAGGAAAAAAUUUUGGUUGACCCCUCGAAAGACAAAUCCUUGCCUCCCCAUUUCAAUGACCCAAACAAAAUUAAUGAUCACUUUUUGAAUAUUCCGGGAGACAACGUAGUCUCCAAUGCAGACAUGUUAUUUUUUGAACAUAAUAAAUUCAAUACAGAGGUAUUUAAAUUAGCUCCCGUAGGUGCAACAGAUAUUUCUAAAUAUAUAAUGUCCAUAAAAUCGAACGCUGUUGGACACGAUGGAAUUAACAGAGAUAUGAUCUUACUCUCUCUUCCUUGCACUCUGGAUGCAAUCACGGCUAUAAUUAAUAAGUCAAUUGUGACUGGUAUAGUUCCUAAUAAGUGGAAGGAGGCACUAGUGACCCCUAUACCCAAAAAUGAAAACCCAGUCGAGUUAAAAGAUCUCAGGCCCAUCAGCAUUUUGCCAUUCCUUGCUAAACUGCUGGAGAAAGCUAUUUGCGAACAGUUAACUAAAUUUGUUGAAGCGACUAACAUCUUGCCUCAGUUACAAUCUGGGUUUCGCAAAGGAUGUGGCACAGCGACUGCUUUAGUCGAUGUCACAGACAACAUAUUAGCUGAACAAGAUUCCGGUCACAGUACGAUUUUAACGCUAUUGGACUAUUCCCGCGCUUUCGACUGUCUAAAUAUUCCCCUGCUGCUUGCUAAGCUGUCAUAUUAUGGUUUAGACAAAAAUUCGGUCAAGUGGUUCAGUAGUUACUUGAUUAAUCGGUGCCAGUCAGUAAAAUUGGUAAAGAGUGAUGGGUCUACUAUACGUUCUCACCCUAGGCUUGUUAAUCGUGGUGUUCCCAGGGUUCCAUACUUGGUCCACUUCUUUUUAUAA